UGCCAGCGGCUGCCGCCCUCGCCGCUGGGGCCGGGCGGGGCCUGGGCGCCCGCCGCCGGACGGCGGAAGAGAGCGGCUUCUCCCGGGGCGGGGCGAGCGGCAGCGGCGGGCGCGCAGGGCUGAGGGCCCUCGCCGAGGAGAGCGGAUCCCGCCCCGACGGCCCCGGGGCCUGGCGCUGCGGAAGCGGGCCGGGCCGGGCCUGGCGGCCGCUCCUGAGUAAUACAGGAUGCUGUUUCCUUUGGUAUUGUGUGCAGCUGUGCUGGCAGGGAGUGGUAAAGUUAAAGAUGAUGAGUGGAUUGACCCCACAGAUAUGCUCAAUUACGAUGCAGCAUCAGGAACAAUGAGAAGACCUUACAAGGCAAACUAUCAUGACUCUGGGGAUAAGACUGCGGAUACAGCCAGUGAUGAAAUCUUACUGAGUUGUUCCAGGGAAGUAGAUUCCUUGCAACAGAAGAUGGCAGACUGUGAGAAGAGGAAUGCCGAAUCACGUGAAAGCCGUAGCUUUUAUAUUUUUAAGCGAUACUUGAAUAAGAUUUUAAAUGAAGUUGGAAAACUUGGCCUUCCUGAGGAAGAUGUGAGCCAAGUCCAUUAUGAUGCUGAGAUCAUCCUUACAAAACAGACAUAUUUGGAGAUCCUCAGGUUUCUCAAUGAGGAAACUUGGCAGUCAGGUGCUGUGGAUGAUGCACUUAGUGAUAUUUUGAUCAAUUUUAAGCACCAUGAUUAUAAAGCUUGGCACUGGAGAUUUGAAGACACUUUUGGAAUUGAUCUAUAUAGUAUGUUUCUGAUACUGUUGUGCUUAGUGUGCAUUGUAAUUGUAAUAGCUACAGAGCUCUGGACACAUAUUCAUCGCUUCGUUCAACUAAAACGUGUUUUAAUAAUAAGUUUUCUCAUCAGUUUUGCAUGGAAUUGGCUUUACUUGUAUAAGCUGGCCUUUGCACAGCGUCAAGCAGAAAUUGCAAAAAUGGAGCAGUUUGAUAAUGUCUGUGCUGAGAAGUUGGACUGGCGGGAAAGUCUUACUGAAUGGCUCAGAAGUAAAUGGACAUUUCAGGACGAUCCCUGUCAGAAGUACUAUGAGACUCUACUAGUAAAUCCCAUUUUGCUGGUUCCACCAACAAAGGCACUGGCAAUUACUGUCACCAACUUUGUAACUGAGCCUUUGAAGCACGUAGGACAAGGUAUUGGUGAAUUCAUUAAAGCACUGAUGAAGGACAUACCGUUUAUUCUGCAGGUUCCAGUCCUAAUUAUGAUGGCUCUGGCUGUCCUGGCUUUCUGCUAUGGUGCUGGAUCAUCAGUGUCUGUGUUAAGAUACUUAACAUCUUCUCAGAAGAAAAGUCUUCCUCUACCUGACAGGCAACAGGAGAAAAUAGACUUUGGGCAGUAUGAUGGCAGUAAAGCAGACAGCUAUCACAUGCAGAAGCUUCCUUAUAUUUGUAGAGGACCUUAUGACAGAGGAGAUGCUCCUGUGAGACCACGAAAUGGCAGCAACGUCGUGCAUACAAGCACUGAGCCAGAUAUGCAAGUAGAAGAGUCUCAGAAAGCAAAACCUGGUAAUAGGUUGCACACUGAGUCUGAAGUUUGUAGACUAGAAACUAUCACAGCUGAAAACCUUACUGAAGAAUAUGCACCUGAGCAGCAGAAAGAGGAGAGAGGCAAAGCAGAGCUGGAGACUGGAGAAAAUUGUGAUCCUAAUAAAAACCUGGAAGGGAAAAGUUCUGCAAUGGAACCAUGUGAAGAGAAGAAAAAGAACAGUUCAUGUGACGCACAGGAAGGAGACUAAGGAAGCCCCAAGCGUGACUGUGGAGUAGAGGAUGUUGCCACGGAAGCAGCUGAGAAUCUGUUCUUCUCCUGGAAGCAGCAUCUCUGAUCAUCCAUCCUGUUACUCUGGAAUCGACUCAGCAGAUCAAAGAACCCUUCAUCUGCCACUGUCUCUCGACUGUUUUUCUGAAGAGGAGAGAAGAGUCAGGGUAUUGUGAACUCUAGAAUACCUAAAACGAGGACAACUAGUACCUAAAACAAGGACAACUGCAUCACCGUUUCAUUGCAGUAAUAUGUUUGGUGUUUGCAUAUCUGAAAUCCACUAAAUGAAUUUUUCUUAGUCAUCAUUUUAUGGACAGAAUUUUAUCAUACGGGGAAAUGCUAAUACUACGGCAAGGAUGUGGGGAAGGGUUUCAUUAUCUGAAACAGAAGCAAACAGUACUCUGAGCAGUACAACUAGAGUUACUCCUCAGCCGUGAAGCCAGCAGAACCCCAAAUGCCCAUGAAAGAAAAAAAAAAAAAAACCAAAAAUAACAGCAAGGAACAGUUUCCCUUGUCUCCUCAGGU